UGAGAAGCUGGGUACCCAGCAAUGUUGCUGUGCUCAGAGAAAGGUGAGUACAGCGGUGAAUAUGGAUUGGGAGACUGUAUGAUCCGAUACGUGGGCCAUUGGUAGAUCCCGUUCCUGACGAUCUGCUCUUUUAAAGAUGAAUAGAAUGAAGGUUGAUGAGGAAGAAUACUGGCACAGUUCCAAGUGUAAAGCCUUCACUUUUGAAGAUGAAGAUGAUGAACUCUCCCAGCUGAAGGAAUCUAAGCGAGCAGUAAACAGCCUGCGAGAUAUUGUAGAUGAUGACGAUGAUCUUGAGAAGUUCAGCUGGAGUGGGGAGCCCGUGGGCAGCAUUUCCUGGUCAAUCAAAGAGACUGCAUCUGCCAACAGUACCCCAGAAGGAAGUGAUCUGGGCCCGCAAAAGAGCUCUUCCUCCGCUGCAUCUUUCCCCAAACAAGCCUCUUCCUACUCGCUAAGCAGCUUUUUCAAAGGAAGAAACAAACAUGGGAGUUUUCAGUCACUAUCUGAUGCUCUCACUGACACAGGAGUUAAAAAUUAUGCUCCAGAACUGCGCAGACCAAAAGCAGAGUACAAGGACUACAACAGUGUCUGGAGCCCUAAAGAGACAGUUAGGCGGCUGCAAAGGGGCAAGGUCUGUCCACUGGAGAGGUUUCACUCCUUGCAGGAGAAGCUGCUGCUGCUGGACGAAGCUGUUGCAGGACACGAUGGCAACGUCAUUACAGCUGUUCUAGUAUUUCUGAAGAGAACCUUAAAAAAAGAAGUUCUGUUCCGAGAGCUGGAGAUGCGGCAGGUGGCCUUGCGCCAUUUCAUACAUUUUCUCAAAGAGACUGGAGACCAGAAGCUCCUCCUGGACUUGCUGAGGUUCUUGGACAGGAUGGAGGAAGUAGCAUUGACACAGUACCGUGACCACCUGACUAUCCUGGAUGCAGAGAAGCGAAAAGAAUUUCUGAAAGGUUGCAUUGGGUUACCAUUUUCCUCAGAAGAUUCUGCUCUUGUCCAAGAUCAUUAUACACUCCUAGAGAGGCAGAUUAUCAUUGAGGCAAAUGACAAGCAUUCAGAAGCAGCUGGACAGACAGAGAUAUUUCGGAAACACCCACGAAAGGCCUCCAUCCUAAACAUGCCCCUGGUCACCACGCUCUUCUACUCUUGCUUCUACCAUUACACAGAGGCUGAGGGAACAUUCAGCAGCCCAGCGAACCUGAAGAAAACCUUCAAGAUUCCGGACAAACAGUACGUGUUGACAGCUCUGGCUGCUCGUGCUAAACUCCGGGCUUGGCAUGAUGUAGAUGCCCUGUUCACCACCAAGAACUGGUUGGGCUACACAAAGAAGAAAGCUCCCAUUGGCUUCCAUCGGGUAGUGGAGAUCUUACAGCGGAAUAAUGCCCCAGUGCAGAUCCUCCAGGAGUAUGUUCACCUGGUGGAAGACGUUGAGACAAAGCUGAACCUUGCCAUGAAAUACAAGUGCCAUGAUGUUGUUAUAGAUACAUAUAAAGACUUGAAGGACCGUCUCCAGCUGAUGGCAUAUAGAUGUAAAGUCGACCGUGGUUCUCCAGCAGAGGUGAAGAUUGAUAGUAUCCUGAGUAACCCGCAAAUCCGGUGGAAGAAUUGAGAGGUGAUCACUCAUUGUGGAAGAAGCCUUAUUUUCAGCAAUUGCUGUUCCCUGUGCGUGUUGUUUCGGACCACUGCUUAGUUUGUCACCUAGCACUGCCUGUGGAUCUUGGGACACAAACAAACAUUUAGGCAUUGGCAUUGGCCAGAAGAGACGUUCAGCCAAUGGAAUACAAAACAGACAGGCUGGAGUCUACACUUUUUGCAGUCAUCUUGGUCAAGUGAUGGCCAUCAUUGCACAGAAAGAAAUGGACUUGGUUGAAGAACUUGGUGCUUCUGCUUCUUCCAGGCUACUGGCCUGUUUAUUUGAAAACAACAACAAAAAACCCCAGACCCUAUAUAGGAAGAGGCAGCCACACCUUCCACCUCAUCCAUAUCUGAAGCUUAAGAAAGUUGUUACUUUGACAGGAAUUAAAACUCUGUGCCGAGUACUCAUCUUGCCCCCAGAAGUACUUAAGAAUUAACCAAGCUAACCAGGAUUCUUACUUAGAAACGGCUGCGUACAGACGCUCCUGGAUGGGUUGUUGUUGUUUUUUAUAAACCUUGCCCAUGUUCCCCUCUCCAGGUACUUGUAUUUUAAUGACUUGGACUUUCAUCCAGUGAACUUGAAGCCAACUCUGCUUGGAGCCAAUCAAUAAUAUUCCUGAGCUUACUGGACUACUGAAGUACUUUCCCUCCAAUGAGAGCUGAUUGGACUAAUUGGCCCUCAGUACUUCUGCCCUGAGCUGUGCUGCAGGCCUGGAGCUUUGCUCUAUACAUCCUUUUUGUUAAUGGGACCAUUUUCCCUGUUCUCUUGAUUUUUCCAUGUUCUGUUCCUGUAAAUAAAGUUUU